UGCCUGAGAGGAGGAUGCGUUUGAACAGAAAAUGGGUCUAAGAUGUCUCCAUGUUACGUUUUGCGUAUAUAAUGAAUUUACAUGCAUAUCUUUGGAGUACAGCAAGUUCAUCGCUGAUGGGGCUUCCCGUUGACAUUUUGUUUCUGUAUCUUACUUCGAUGGGAACUAACGGUGUGUUGUAACGGAUCGGGGAUGACAAAGAGAAUGGGACGCGCAGACUGGAGAUGGCUGGCGCUUUGGUGGCAUCAUUUCUUUCUUUUGUGGAAUACAAUAGACGGACAGACUCGUUACAGCAUCCCGGAGGAACUAGAACGAGGUUCUGUGGUUGGAAACCUAGCGAAAGACUUGGGUUUGGGAUUAUCUGAUAUUUUUGAGCGCAAGCUGCGUGUCGCGUCUGAGGCUGGUAAGCAGUAUUUCAGCGUGGACACGGGGAAGGGCGAGCUGGUGGUGAAUGACAGAAUAGACAGAGAGGCUCUAUGUGGACAAAGCAUCAGCUGCGUUUUACCACUGCAGGUGGUGAUUGAAAACCCUUUGCAGUUACAUCGAAUAGAAGUAGAAAUCAGAGAUGUAAAUGACAACGCUCCUUCUUUUCUCAAAAGCGAGCAUGUCAUAAAAAUAGCUGAAUCCACCGUUGUAGGUGUGCGUUUUCCCUUAGAGAGUGCAGAGGACCCCGAUGUUGGAACGAACGGAUUAAAGACGUACACUCUGAGUAAAGAUGAUUGUUUUACUCUAAAGGUUAAAGAAAUUGAAAAUGGAAGAAAGAUACCUGAAUUAGUGUUAAAUAAAUCAUUAGACCGCGAGAAAAAAGCCGUUCACAGUCUAUUUCUAACUGCUGUGGAUGGGGGUAACCCUGUCAAAUCUGGGACUUCAAAAAUAACUGUAAAUGUUCUGGACAACAAUGACAACGUGCCGUUGUUCGAAAAUACCUUUUAUAAAAUUGCUGUUCCUGAGAACACUGCAAAUGGCUCAUUUUUAUUGACGACCAAAGCCACAGAUGUAGAUGAGGGUCCAAAUGGAGAGAUUGAAUAUGCGCUUGGCAUACACACGUCACCAUCAGUACGGUCAUUAUUUCACAUAGACGCUGUAACAGGAGACAUAUUUUUAAAGAAACAAUUGGAUCAUGAAAUGCAGGCUUCAUAUAGAAUAGAUAUUACAGCAAAUGACAAAGGACUGCCUAGAAUGGAGGGUCACUGCAGUGUACAGGUGGAUGUACUGGAUGUUAAUGAUAACGCACCAGAAAUUAUACUGACCUCAGAGCCCAGUUCUGUGCGUGAAGACUCUCGCAGUGGAACAGUUGUGGCUCUGCUCAGCGUCCGUGAUCUUGACGGCGGUGAUAACGGUAAAGUGACUUUACAGCUUUCAAAGGGUUCCUUGUUUUCCUUAAAACCGUCGUUUUCCAACAAUUACGCACUAACUACCAGCGGUGCUUUGGACAGAGAGACUUCUUCAGAGUACAGUAUUGAAAUCACAGCCACAGACUCGGGUUCUCCUCCGCUGUCCAGUAAAAAAUUCAUACCGGUCAGCAUCAUUGAUGUCAAUGACAACCCUCCUGUGUUCACUCAGCCGGCGUAUAACGUUUAUUUAAAAGAAAACAAUGUUCCAGGCUCCAUCCUUUACUCAGUGUCAGCAUCUGACCUGGAUUUAGGCGAUAACGCUAAAAUCUCUUACUCUAUACUGGACUCUAAAGUGCAGGACGUGUCCGUCUCCUCCUAUGUUUACAUCAACUCCGAUAACGGCAGCAUCUACAGCAUGCACUCGUUCGACUACGAGAAGCUGAAGGUGUUUCAGAUCCAGGUUCAGGCAAAGGAUCAGGGCUCUCCGUCUCUGAGCAGCAACGCCACCGUCCAUGUUUUCAUCCUGGACCAGAACGACAACGCCCCCGCUGUCAUUUACCCCUCCUCCGCUGCCCUGGGCUCCCUCUCUCAUCAGAGGAUGCCCCGCUCCGCUAAAGCUGGCCACCUGGUUACCAAGGUAACGGCCGUGGACGCUGACUCGGGCCAUAACGCCUGGAUCUCCUACAGACUGGCGGAGGCCACAGACGCCUCUCUGUUCACGGUCAAUCUGUACACAGGGGAGGUGAGGACUAAACGCGCUGUGUCCGAGCAGGACGACUCCUCUCAGAGGCUGCUCAUAGAGAUCAAGGACGACGGGGAACCGGUCCAGUCCUCCACCGUCACGGUGUCCAUCCUGCUGGAGGACGGCCUCCAUGAGCCCAUCCUAGAUCUGCGGCACAAGUUGUCGGAGCCCAGCAGGAAAACUGGGAGAAUCACGCUUUACCUGAUUCUGUCUCUGGCCUCGGUGUCCGUGCUGUCUCUGGUGACUUUGCUCAUCUUAGCGGUUAAAUGCAUCAGGAGCAGCAGAAGCAGCGGCAGCUGCUGCAUGAGGCGCAGCGACUGUGAUGACUACAAGAACCCCAACAGAAACCUGCAGAUUCAGCUCAACACCGAUGGACCUAUAAAGUACGUGGAGGUCCUGGGAGGAGACAUGUUGUCUCAGAGUCAGUCCUUCAGGUCGUGUAUGUCUCCGAUGUCCGAGUACAGUGAUUUCACUUUGAUUAAGCCGAGCAGCACCACAGACUUUAAGGAGGUGAUCAGUGUUCUGGAUGCGUCUUUACCCGACAGCACCUGGACCUUUGAGAGCCAGCAGGUGAGCAGAGAACAUCAGUAAUGCAAGUC